AUGGCUGAUCGUGGAGGAGAUAGCAGCAGCGAAGAGGAAGAUCCCAAGUGGAAAGCCGCCAUUAAAUCGAUAGCCACCACCACCGUAUACGGCGCCUCCGCCGCGAAACCAGCAGCAACUCAGACACAUGAAGAAGGAGAUUUCCGACUCAAACCUAAAAAGCUAACACAUGCCCAAAUGAAGGUGAAGAAGCUUUUGAAUGAAAUGGUGGAGAACACUUUAGACUUUGUGAAAGAUCCUGUCAAUGUUCCCGAGGAUAAACCCGAGAGUGACUCUGGAGUUCGGUUAUUUAAGCAGAGUUCGACUGGCAUAAUCUUUGAUCGUUUAGAUGAGCUUCAAGGACCAAAAAAGAGGCCUAAGUUACUACCUGGAGUUGAAGGAAACUCUAAAGAGUUUAAGAAACGUAUAAAAUCGAUUGCUGUUGAUGGGCCAGAUGUUUUAGCUGUGGCUAUAGAGGCGGCUAAGAAAUCCUCAGCUAGAUUAGAGGCGAAAGAAGCGCGUGCAAAAGCUAAAGCUAAGAAAGAGGAAGAGAGAGUCGCGGAAUUGAAGAAAGUAAGAGGAGAAAAAUGGCUACCUUCUGUUGCACGGGAAAUGCAGCGAAACAACAAAUCAACAUGGAGAUCUGCAAAGUCAUGA